CUGGUUCUCGUACAUGCGUUUCCCCCCUUAAGCGAAAUCAUGAGAGCCAAUUCUAUCAAGCCUUAUUGGACCUGUUCGAUCGUUCCAAACUAGGACUUUGUAGUAAGCAGAGCUGUCCGUCCCGGGGGAGCGUUCCACGGCAUCCGCCUGCGGUUGUAAUAUUUGUGUCUCAGCAUAGGUAGGCAUACUAUGUUUUCAUUAUGCGUGUAGAUCUAGGCAGAAUGGCUCAUCGUCGCCCUACGGCAAAUGAAUAAGCGAAUGGCACACACGGCGGGAAUGUGUUGGUUGUCCUUCCUUAGUCCUUCCUUUUCUUUUUCUUCUUCUUCUUCCUCCUCCCCGUCUUACAGCGCAGCGGACGCUAGAAUGCGUAGGGACGUUUUCCGCUUCCCUCCCCAUACCGAUGCGGAGGCGGUGGAGUAUCCUAGCGGAGCCGGCGACACGGUUAGAUCGUCGUCGUGUCUCGAUAUUAUUAGCGUGGCAAAACAUAUAGUACGAAGUCUUAUAACCAAGUGCCCGGGGAAAGAAACACGCCCCCCUAACGCCAAUGAGGGCCACCUUUUUAUUUUAGUUUUUAGGGGGCAAGGGGGGGGCAGGGGGGUUCGGGAAGGAAACACGAAAGGCCAUUUGCGGCUCCGUGUGGGCUGGACUUUGUUUCGGCAUAUUUCGUCCAAUCCGGGCUCGGAUUUCACUUUUUAACGAGAGCCGUGUUGUUGUUUACUUACCACAUAGUGUAGGUCUGGAUCACCAUUCCAGUUUUCCGUAUCAGGCAGCCUUGGUUUUCGAGAAAGACGAAAAUAAAGAAAGUCCACGACCACCACGACCACCACGACCCCU